GGUCACAAUAAUUAAAUUAGACAGUCCUACGAUCAGACAUAUCUAAAUAUAUACAUAUGAGCAAGAUAUUUAAGUUGGAAGAAUCCUCUCAAAAUAUUUCAUUUAAUGCUCUACCCUCUCUAACUUAUCAUCUUGCUACUUAACAAUAUUUCAAAAAUUCUCAAAAUUCCCCAAAACAAGAUGAUUACUCCCCUUUUAGCUGCCGCUUUAAAAGUUUAUGCCAUACAGUUCGACCUCUUUAACACGAUUCCAAUUCGUUACGAUAUUUCGACCCAGUGCUUCGUCACAGUCAAAGGAGUGCGGCGCCUCUUCUCGUUCUACGUUCGACUCGCGGUGGUCGCAAUAUCUGGGAUGCACUACAUGGCGCGAUUGCUCUACAUGAUCCUGUCAUCGAAGGAGCACUACUUUGCGAUGGAAGAAGCCCAGGAUCCUUUGUGGAUUCUCUUUUGUCGCAUUCUUAUCCUCAUUUUCUCCUUGUUCACGGCUUUCAUGAAGCUGUGCAUUCUAGUUUAUGACGAUGACAUCGUGAUCGGAUGGAGGAAUUGCCUUAUAAUGAAGAAAGUCACCACGAAACUCCCCGGCGUCAAAAAGCCUCCAAAGAUGUCUGCCUAUCUGGAAGCCGUCUUACUCGUCUCAUUCGUCUUUAUUCCACUCGGUGGCCCAUUCAUCACCAUGUUCGGAGUUUACUACCACCUCGACCCACUCUAUUUUCCCAGCCAAUCCUUCUACGCUUACAUGUGGCCGACAAACUAUCCCCCGAAAUUCGGUUCAUGGUCGCAAAUCUACAUCCUUCUGAUUCGCAUUUACAUCACUCACAUCGUCACAACGACCUCUAUGCACUUAUUCCUUGCCCCCGUCCUUAUCCUUGUAAUCAUCUCUGUUAACACGAAACAUUCGCUGAGUUGCAUUUCCCAGGUGCAAAAUCCGCAAAUAUUUCUCCAAAUUUACACAGAAUUCUAUCUCGCAUCGGUGACAUUUGAGUACGACUUAAUCAUGCCGGUACUUGCUUCACUCAUGUUGGCGGGAUUAGUUUUAGGGAUCAUGUCAAAUUUUUGCACCAUCGCGCUCUACUCGCACAUCGCGAUGCCGUACUAUUUAUGCUUUCCAAUCUUGGGCGUAUUUAUAGCGAUUGUGGUUCAUGUUACAAUGCCCGUUGGUGCGAACGUGUAUGAGGACAGCUUAAAACUGCUGGGGGAAAGGGAAAAGGUAUUCGCAGAGAUGGCCGUGGUCGGGUUCGGGACUAGUAAGAAGGGAAAAAUAUGGGCGAAAAAAUGUGCAUCCUUACGACCAAUUUCUGUAAGUGCGGGGUUAUUAGGCUGCAAUUUUUUCACGUUAAAAAGCUCCACAAGAACGGUGUUCUACACGGAGUAUGUGCAAAAAAGUAUCGAUGCGUUGCUUUCCAUUAAAGUGCACUAGAUUUAUCCUGACGUAUUGACCAUCCUGUGCAAUCAUAUUUCUAAAUGUAGGAAUUGAAGAGGUCCAAUUUGGUUGAUUGAUAUGCAUGCUGUGUCAAUCUA